AUGGGAGAAGUACGGAAGGACAGAAAGAAGAAGGGAAAGGACAGGGAGAUGGAGAUCGGUUUCGAUUUAGUUCGAGAAGGAUAUAAGUUGAGACAUAAUUGGGCGAAAGGCGCAUGUGAGGUCAAGGAGAUUGAAAUUGCGGAAAAGGGGAGUGUACCAAGUAUGUUGGUGAGGUUAGCUGGAGGGGUAGUAGUCACGGUGGGUGAGGUGGAGGGAUUGAAAGCCUGGGAUCUUAAAGGAAGGGAGUUGAUUACAACGUGUGAAGUGGGUGAGGGGCUACCUACGUGUUUAGCCGUUGAUGAACAGGAUGGAGAGAAAGGGAAACUAGGGAUUGUGAUAGGUUUCGAGGACGGAAGUUGGGGAACCUGGGAGCUCGAUGUCGGAAAUAGGAUAUUCAAAAGAAAAUACAGACAUCCACCGAGCAGUAACGGAAUGUUAAGCGCGGUAGCUUACGCACAUCCUUACAUAUUGAGCAUUACAGAAGGACGGCUUCUUUCAUUUUACACUCUUAACCCCACAGAGUUAAUACGAGAGUCUGAAGAUGAUGACACGACCAUCAAUAUACAAGAAAAAGAAUCACAACCACGACCGUAUCUCUUAACAUCACUCAAAUCACAUUCUUCAUGGCCACCACUAUCCCUUUCUAUCCGUUUAACGCCAAGUACAAUUAUCGCCUCGAUAGCCUACACACUCCCCACCUACCUAAGCGGCUACACGAUCUCCAUCCAAGAACUCCACUUUAUCACGUCACCACCUUCCUCACCACCAACCCUGACCACCUCCCGCCUCACCACCUCCUUCCCCUCCGGUUUUCGCCCUCUGAUCACAAACAGCUCUCCUACUCCUCUCUCUCGUCCAACAACCCUCUCCUACGCACACCCCUAUAUUCUCGCCACUCAUGCCGAUAACACACUCUCCCUUUACCUCUGCACCAGUACUCAGACUUCUCUCACACUCUCUCCACCUCAAAAGUUAUUCGGUCAUACUAGUUCCAUCAGUUUCGCAAGUAUUACUAGUAGGGGGAAAGCGGUAAGUGUUAGUGAACGUGGAGGCGAAUUACGUGUUUGGGAAUUGGAACCAGGGAUGUUUAAGAGAGGGGAGGGAAAAGGAGAGGAAAGGAGUGUAAGGGUCGGGGAAGGGAGGGAAAGAGUGGACGUUAGUAGAGUCGGAGAGAUCGGGGAGAAGAGGAAUGAUACCAGGAAGAAAGUAAAAGAUUUGGAAAAGAAACUCUGGGUUGGUUUUGAUGAGGAAAUGGUUAUAGUGUUGAAAUCGAGCGUGGAAGAUUCAGGAUGUGAGUGUGAAGAUGAUGAAGGUGAAGAUAAUACGAUGACCUCGUUGAGUGGUGCACAUGAUGGAAAUAGAAUGAUCCUGGAAAGGACUAAAGGAAAAGGAUAUAGAAACGGAAGAGUGGAGGGGGGUACACAGCAGAGAUUAGUUAUAUACGAUUUCACUUGA